UGCUCUUCUCCCAUCACAGGUUCCGAGACUCACUCCACCACCGCCAAAGUCCCUCCUGUAAUGGACGUCUUGUCCGUAAAAUGUGACUCGUGCGGGUUCACAGAGGAGUGCACCCCUGCAUACAUUCUUCGUGUCCGGGAAAGGUACCAAGGCCGGUGGAUAUGCGGGCUGUGUGUCGAGGCUGUGAAAGACGAGGUUCUAAGAUCGGACAUGCUCAUCUCCACCGAAGAAGCACUUGAUCGACACAUCACUUUCUGCAUGCAAUUCAGAUCCUCGUGCUCUCUGAAACAAGCAGAGCACCCUAUCUCCGCCAUGGGCAGGCUUCUCAGGCGAAGCUUGGACUCCCCGAGACUGCUUCGAUUCAGUUCAACUGCAGAUUUGCAUGCGGCCGAUGGGGUUCGGACUUCGGAUCUGUUCCGGUCCGAAAGUUGUGUCUCCUCUGUACCGUCAAUGGGUUAUUGAAAGAGGUUACAUAGAAUAUUAAGUGCAGAACUCUGUUUCUCUCUCUGUCCAAAGGAUUUAGGAAUAGUGAUAAGAUAUUUAUCAUGUCGAAGUGAAUAACAUGUCGAAGAUAUUUAUCAUGUCGAAAUAAGAUAUUUAGGAAUGGUAGAAUAUUAAUAGCCAUGUCGAAGUGAAUAGUGAUAAGAUAUUUAGGAAAUGGGUGCUGAUUUCUCUCAAUAUUUCUUACUUUGCUGGACCCUUCAUUUUGUACAUAAUAUAUAUCUCAGAGCAAUUUUAAAUUUC